AUGGAGCUCUCUUCAUUCUCAUCCCCAUCAUCUGCCUGCUGUUCUUCUGUUCACCAGGUUUCAGCUGUUUCCAAUGCUCUGCAGAUUCGUUUUGCUCCUCUAAAUGCAUUUUGUAGCAGACCCACCAAAAGAGAAUCCAAAGCUCCGAACUUUACAUCACUCAAUUCUUCCCGCUACUUCUUCUCCUCAUCAUCGUCCUCAAUUUCUGCUGCUGUUGCUGAUGGGUUCAUCCUCAGUCCCAGAAAAUCUUCCUCAAUAACUACUAAUCCUUGUGGUUCAGCUGCAUCAUCCCACAGGCGCAUUUCCAUCCGGGCUUGCUCGAACGUGGGUACUGCUGGGUCCUCUGAUCCUUUGUUAAAUAAAGUUUCAGCAUUCAGGGAUGCCUUCUGGAGGUUUCUGAGGCCGCACACCAUUCGUGGAACAGCGUUAGGGUCAGCCUCACUGGUGACAAGAGCUCUGAUUGAGAACCCACAUUUGAUUAGAUGGUCACUUUUAUUGAAGGCUAUGGCUGGUCUUCUUGCUCUGAUAUGUGGAAACGGAUAUAUAGUGGGCAUAAAUCAGAUAUAUGAUAUUGGUAUUGAUAAGGUAAACAAACCUUAUUUGCCUAUAGCUUCUGGAGAUCUUUCUGUUAAAUUGGCAUGGCUUUUGGUCCUGCUUUUUGCCGUUUCCGGUGUUCUCAUAGUUGGAACAAAUUUUGGUCCGUUUAUUACGGCCCUUUAUUGCUUAGGGCUCUUCUUGGGAACCAUUUAUUCUGUUCCGCCAUUUCGCAUGAAGAGAUUUCCAGUUGUAGCAUUUCUUAUAAUUGCCACGGUGCGUGGUUUCCUUCUAAACUAUGGUGUGUAUUAUGCUACAAGAGCUGCUCUUGGGCUGACAUUUGAGUGGAGCUCACCUGUGGCUUUCAUCACGACUUUUGUAACAUUGUUUGCACUGGUCAUUGCCAUAACGAAGGAUCUCCCUGAUGUGGAGGGGGAUCGCAAGUUUCAGAUUUCUACGUUUGCAACGAAGCUUGGCGUGAGAAACAUAGCAUUUCUUGGUUCUGGGCUAUUACUACUAAACUAUAUUGGUGCCAUCCUAGCAGCCAUUUAUUUGUCACAGGCUUUCAGAGCGAGUUUGAUGAUUCCCGUACAUGCAGCACUGGCAUUGAGCCUGAUUUUCCAGACCUGGCUGCUGGAAAAAGCGAAUUAUACCAAGGAAGCAAUCGCGGCAUACUAUCGGUUCAUAUGGAAUCUCUUUUAUUCGGAGUAUUUAAUAUUCCCUUUCGUUUAA